UGUAUAUAAUAACAUGUGAUAUAGUUAGUUCAGCGGUAAGAGGUGGAUAUUGUUCCUGUGUUGGACAUUUAAAUAGAUGGUUCAGAUUGUAACACUUUACAUUUAUGGACAUACUGAACAGAAACACUGCUCUGAUGCUUAUAAAUGAUUUGAUCUAUUAAAACAUUAUUAAAUUUAAAAAAUAACCUUGAUAAUAAUAUUAAUCUGUGAGGAAACGUGUGGCCAAAUGUCACAGUGGGUUUAAUCAACAAGUUAUUAAACAAAGCAAAAUAAAAUCAAAUAAAACAAUGAAUAGAUGGAAAUGAAUCAAACUUUAAAGAAUUCAGACUAAAGAACCUCGUCAGCUCCUGGAAGAACAGAUGGAAUAUUUAAAGAUCUUUGACAGAUACAAGUGUAAAGUUUUCUGUGGUUUUCUCAGCGUCUGUCAGUCGAUACACAUUUUUACACAUGAAUGAAUGAAUCUGCAUGAAAGCAGCUCAGAGGAUUUGUGAGGAUUUAAUUUAAAGUAAUUCGAGAUUUGACGAGUUUUGAAAUGUGCUCAUGACUGGAACCAGUUUUAACUGUUGGUGGACGACCGUUGACUCAUGUGAAAAGCAAACACCUGAGAAACACCCGAGGGGCGAAGUGUUCCCGGAAUGAAGCAAGAAUCCAAAGUUACAUAACUGAGUCUUCAGUCAGCUGCUGAUCCUGCAGCAGCAGCACGAACAGGAAGCUCCAUAUACGUCUCAAAGGUGAGGCUGGAGGCGUGGCCUCACCUGUGGAACUGACUGGACACCGAUUCAGAAGCUUCAUCUUCAUCAGAGCAGACAGAGGAGGAGGAGGAUGCUGCAGUGGAGACGACAGAUGGACCAGGACGGGCAGUGUAACCGGGCGCUGGUCGUGUCUGUGGCACAGUUUGACUCCGGGGUGAAGCUGGGCAGGAGACCCGGGGCCCAGAAGGACGCCAGGAAGCUGCACAGGACCCUCAGCAAACUGGGCUUCAAGGUGGAGCUCCACACUGACCUGAGUGGAGAGGAAAUCUACCAGCUCUUCCUCACAGAGAGCAGGCGUCCCGUGAAGGACUGCUUCUUGGCCGUUCUGUCGUCUCACGGUGACGAGGGCUGUGUGUUCGGAGCUGACGGCGAGCGCGUGCGACUGUCUCGUAUCUUCUCGUGUUUCAACAACGAGCACAUGGAGAAAAAGGCCAAAGUGUUUCUCGUCCAGGCCUGUCGGGGACACGACCUGGACGAUGGCGUGGAGGUGGACUCAGGGGAUGAUGUCACAGACUUGUCACAGGAUCUGUGGGUUCCUGUAGACACAGCAGUGAUGUACGCCACAGCACCAGGUUACGGGGCCUUCAUGCAUCCUCUGGGUUCCGUCUUCCUGCAGACCUUCUGCACCUUGUUGGAGACGGAGGGGAACCGGGAGCUGGAGCUGACCCGGCUGAUGACCCGUCUGUCCCACAGCGUGGCCUACACCUUCCAGGCCAAAGGUCGCUCUCUGGGCGGGAAGAAGGAGAUGCCGUGCUUAGUGACCAGUUUGACCAGGGAGGUGUUCCCAUUCGCUGAGUCCCGGAAAGAGGGCGGGGCCGCAGGGCUUUCAGCCACGUCAUUGGUCAGCUCCAAAACCGCCAGGAAGCGAACUCCUUCGAUCAGUUAGCAUCAGAUCGUGAGAUGAUCAGCUGAUGUUUGACACAUUAGAGAAACUCACUUGUUCAAAUGUUUUACAAACUUUAUCUAUUUAAAUAUUACUUUUCAUUUCUCUUACUCAUGUUUACUGAUGUGUCUGUUUGUAAAUAAAGAUUUUAU